UUGACCACCCAGAUUAUCAGCAAAGGGUUCACUGGUCGCCACGGCCGGGCUUAUUUGAAACCCGUAUCCCGGCAUCUAGUCACAGGUGCCCAUACGGUAAGCGACAUUGAUUGUGCUUUUUGCGGGAAUUUGCUUGGGUGGAAAUAUGUUAGUGCGGAGGAGGAGUCCCAGCGGUACAAAGUUGGCAAGUUUAUCUUGGAGACCAAAAAGAUUACGACGACCCCCGAAUGGGAUCCAGCAUUCGGUGCCGGCUUGGUGGAAUCUACCGACUCCCUCAAUCCCACAAUGGCGCCUUCAAAAUCGGUUUAUGAUGGUAUCGAAUUUGACAGCCAGGAUGAAGAUGAGUGCGAGGACCUAUUUAGUGGAUUAUGGAGCCCCGGACUAGCAGUACGUCGAAAAAACCGC